AUGGCGGAAUCCGACUCGGCCUGCACCUGGGUCGGCGUCCGGUGCGACGCCAAUCGCUCCUUCGUCCAAUCUCUCCGACUCCCCGGCGUCGGCCUUGUCGGUGAAAUUCCGGCGAACACGAUCGGGAACCUGACCCAGCUCAGAGCUCUCAGCCUCCGAACAUUAUCGAAAUUUCCCAAAUCUGCAUUCGCCGGAAACAUCAAUCUCUGUGGCGGACCGUUGCAGCCCUGCAACAGCUCAUUCUUUCCCUCUCCGGCGCCGUCACCAUCUGUAAUUGUGCCACCAAGCCCACCUCACAAAAAGUCCAAAAAGCUCUCCACAGCCGCCAUUAUCGGAAUCUCAGGGUCAACAACGGCCAGAGGGCCGAAAACACCGAAACCACCAGUAACGGCGAGGGGGGCCGCGGAGGGUGCUGCGGAUCCCGGGACCUCGUCCUCGAAGGACGACGUGACCGGCCUUUCGGCCGAGGGAGAGAGAAACAAGCUGCUUCGAUUUGGAGGAUCUAUUGAGAGCUUCUGCGGAAGUUUUAGGGAAGGGAAGCGUGGGAACGUCGUACAAGGCGGUGCUGGAGGAGGGAACGACGGUGGUGGUGAAGAGAUUGAAGGACGUGGUGGUGACAAAGAAGGAAUUCGAAACUCAGAUGGGGUUUUAGGCAAAAUCAAGCACAAUAAUGUUCUUCCUCUCAGGGCUUAUUACUACUCCAAGGACGAGAAGUUGCUUGUCUUCGAUUUCAUGCCUGCCGGCAGCUUAUCCGCUCUUCUUCAUGGUGAAUCUCACUUUCUCUCUCCGCCUCUCUCUCUAACAUUACAAUUCGAGCUACAUUUUCGGCUUUCUGCAUUUUUGCGGUGA